AAUACCUCAAACAGUUGCAAGAAAAUAUAGAGUUGGCAUCUCUUCAAGUUUACAUUAAAACCACCAUCCCACAAGAAAUUCCACUGCCCUCUCUCUCUCUCUCUCAUUCCUCUUGUUCUUCUUCGUUCUUCGUUCUCUAAGACAUGGAACUGGCGUUGUCUCUUGGAGACAGUACAAAAAAACCGUUCCCGUUUCUUGUCAAGCCGUCGACGUCGACGAUCAAUGCUUCGUCGUCGUCAUCUUCUGACAAGGAUCUUGGGUUUUGCAUGGGCUUAGAUGCGGGUUUUGGUCGGAGAUCGUCAUCUUCGUCGGAGGAGGAGAAAACGACUCCCAAAUUUUCUGAUAGAUUUAGGGUUUCUUCCCCAGAUCCGCCAUUGAAGCUUGAUCUCCGUCCUUUCACUCCGAUUCCUCCUUACGACCACCUUCCCUUUCCUUGGCUCCCCGAAAACGGCGGACAGUACAGAGGAAGAAGACAAGACACAAACAGGCUCUCCACGACAGCGGCGGCGGGGGAAGAGGAGGCGGUGCCUUCGCCGCCGCAUAGCGUGACCUCAUCGAUCCGUUUGGAUUUCGGGAUCAUGGGCCACGGCAAAAGGGAUGAGAUGGAGAGAUCGGCUUCGAGAGCGAGUGACGACGAGGAAAACGGGUCGGCUCGGAAGAAGUUAAGGUUGUCUAAAGAACAGUCUGCUUUUCUUGAGGAGAGCUUCAAAGAACACAAUACCCUUAAUCCCAAGCAGAAGCUUGCUUUGGCAAAGCAGUUGAAUCUUCGUCCUCGCCAAGUUGAAGUCUGGUUUCAGAACAGAAGAGCCAGGACGAAGUUGAAGCAAACGGAGGUGGAUUGCGAAUACCUAAAAAGAUGUUGUGAGACACUAACCGAAGAAAACCGGAGACUACAAAAGGAACUCCAAGAACUGAGAGCCUUGAAGACUUCGAGACCUUUCUACAUGCAGCUUCCCGCCACCACGCUCACCAUGUGCCCUUCUUGCGAGCGCGUGGCCACCACCGCUCCGCCGCCGUCCACCGUCUCCGGGAAAAACUCCGGCAUUGCCACGUCAUCAUGCCCGGCUAAGGCCCACGCCGACUGAUGAUGAGAGCCUUGAACGACGACGUUAAUAGAGUGUGAUUUGUGAAGUGAGUGAGUGAGUGAUACUGUUAGAAAUCAAUUUAAAGAAAGAGGUAUAUAUUCGUGAGUAUAUUUAUUUUUUAUUUAUUGAAGGGAGAAUUGGGAUCUCUCCA